CAGUGGCAGCGGCGCUCUAGCCGGCGGCCGUGACGGGCGGGCUCUCAGUGGUGCGGCCGGCAGGCAGCGAUGGCGGCCGUACGGGGCCUGCGGGUGUCGGUGAAGGCGGAGGCCCCGGCGGGGCCGGCCCUGGGGCUCCCGUCCCCUGAGGCGGAGUCAGGUGUUGACCGUGGCGAGCCGGAGCCCAUGGAGGUGGAGGAGGGCGAGCUGGAAAUCGUGCCUGUGCGGCGCUCGCUCAAGGAACUGAUCCCGGACACGAGCAGAAGAUAUGAAAACAAGGCUGGCAGCUUCAUCACUGGAAUUGAUGUCACCUCCAAGGAAGCAAUUGAAAAGAAAGAGCAGCGAGCCAAGCGCUUCCAUUUUCGAUCGGAAGUAAAUCUUGCCCAAAGAAAUGUAGCCUUGGACCGAGACAUGAUGAAGAAAGCAAUCCCCAAGGUGAGACUGGAGACAAUCUAUAUUUGCGGAGUAGAUGAAAUGAGCACCCAAGAUGUCUUUUCCUAUUUUAAAGAAUAUCCUCCAGCUCACAUCGAAUGGUUGGAUGAUACCUCCUGUAAUGUAGUUUGGCUGGAUGAAAUGACAGCCACACGAGCACUUAUCAAUAUGAGCUCCCUGCCUGCACAGGAUAAGAUAAGAAGCAGGGAUGCCAGUGAGGACAAGUCAGCUGAGAAGAGGAAAAAAGACAAGCAGGAAGACAGUUCAGAUGAUGAUGAAGCUGAAGAAGGAGAGGUUGAAGAUGAGAACUCAAGUGAUGUAGAGUUGGAUACGUUGUCUCAGGUAGAAGAGGAGUCUUUGUUAAGAAACGAUCUUCGUCCAGCUAACAAACUUGCUAAAGGAAAUAGGUUAUUCAUGAGAUUUGCUACAAAAGAUGACAAAAAGGAACUUGGAGCAGCCAGAAGAAGUCAGUAUUACAUGAAAUAUGGGAAUCCAAAUUACGGAGGCAUGAAAGGAAUUCUUAGCAAUUCAUGGAAGCGAAGAUAUCAUUCCCGUCGUAUUCAGCGGGACGUGAUCAAGAAGAGAGCCCUGAUUGGGGAUGACGUUGGCUUGACGUCGUAUAAACAUCGACAUUCUGGGCUAGUGAAUGUUCCCGAGGAACCCAUUGAAGAGGAGGAAGAGGAGGAGGAGGAGGAAGAGGAAGAGGAGGAAGAAGACCAGGACAUGGAUGCAGAUGACAGAGUGGUGGUGGAGUACCACGAGGAGCUCCCGGCUCUCAAGCAGCCCCGGGAGCGGAGCGCGUCUAGACGAUCCAGUGCCAGCAGCUCAGACUCAGAUGAAAUGGACUAUGAUCUAGAACUGAAAAUGAUUUCCACGCCUUCACCAAAGAAAAGCAUGAAAAUGACUAUGUAUGCUGACGAAGUGGAAUCUCAGUUGAAAAAUAUUAGGAACUCCAUGAGGGCAGAUAGUGUAUCUUCAAGCAAUAUCAAAAACCGAAUUGGUAACAAAUUACCACCUGAGAAAUUUGCAGAUGUCCGACAUCUAUUAGAUGAGAAACGUCAGCACUCCCGUCCACGGCCACCAGUCAGCAGUACUAAAUCAGAUAUACGCCAGCGGUUAGGAAAAAGACCACAUUCUCCGGAAAAGGCUUUUAGUAGUAACCCCGUCGUUCGGAGAGAGCCCUCUUCUGAUGUGCAUAGUAGGCUAGGUGUUCCCAGGCAGGAUAGUAAAGGCCUCUACGCCGAUACUCGGGAGAAGAAAUCAGGUAAUUUAUGGACUCGCCUAGGAUCUGCACCCAAGACCAAAGAAAAGAAUACGAAGAAAGUGGAUCACAGGGCGCCUGGCGCUGAGGAAGACGACUCUGAGCUGCAAAGGGCGUGGGGGGCUCUGAUUAAGGAGAAAGAGCAGUCUCGCCAAAAGAAGAGCCGCUGUUACCAGCACCCUUUUCCCAAGAAAAGUCAAUUCCCAGGUGCUUAUUGGACAUCCUUCGAGGGGGAAGAGGAGGGAAGCGGCCAGCUCACCCUUCCGGGACCCUAGUGUGGGGGCGAAUCUCACGGACCUGACCUCAGAGGUGCACCAGUGCCGCCCAGGUAGAUAAGAGCUGCAGCAUUGACUGUGCUUCCGUUCUUCCCUCGGGGAUUGCUCAUGGCAUGGGCCUCUUACUUGCUGUCAGCUUGAUGUGAAGAUCAAGUUCAGUGCUGUGGGAUUUUUAGGAACAAAAAACUGUGACGUCUGGAUUUGGGGUUGAUUUUUGUGCUAGGGGUGGGAUUAUGGGUUAAUGUUGAAGAAUUUUUAAGUCUGUAUUAUGUUUAAAACAUGAAUGAUUUGAAAGUUUAAAUUUUUAAUUUUUAUAUGUGGAAAUUCUUCCUGUUGGCUAAAGGGGAAGCUCAAGUGGUGUCUUCUUUUGUGCUGUUAAAUAUAUAUUCUAUUCUUUGGAAGAAGGCAGAGAGAGGAGUCUUAUUAUUUUUAAAUGCUCCUAGUUGUAUAGUCUGUCUGUUGUACAUAGAGUUCAGCUUGUUUUUUGGCUCCAGUAGGAAAAAAAAUCCAUCCAUCUGAGAUGGGGUCCUGUUGUUUAUUAUCACUCUAGAAGUUAUUCAUUGAUAUUUAUUCUUUUGUCCCCAAGUUGUGGCACCUGAAGACAUCUUCAAAAUUGGCAGAAAAGAUAAUAGUUACAAAAAUUUUAGUUCAUUUAUUUUUAAACUCCUUUCAGAUUAUUUUACCAUUAGGAGGAGGUAGAUUGUUUCGUCUUCCUGUCUGAUUUUUGUUUUGUAGUAUUUAAUUUUGUAUUCCUCUGCAGUUUUAAGAAACAGUGUUUUUCUUCGGUUUGCUGGAACAUGGGCGUUAGAGAUGGUAAUAAACUGCGGUCCUUUUUGCGAUGUCACGACUCUUCACCUGCCUGGGCUGUUGUGCACACAGUGCAGCCUGGAUCCUGUCGAUCUUUACUUGUGGCUGAGCUAAUGGUCACAUUGAUAGUUGAUUACACUGUGGCACGAAUUAAUGCAGAACACUUAUUAAUAAAGGAAGUAAAGGGCUGCAAGAUUUGAGAGCUGCAACAAAAA